UAGCAGAGCAGCAGGGAAGCGACUGGACAUCAGCAGGCCAAGCUGAAACCAGGCGGCUGCGGGAAUGGGGAAGCCUGUGCUGCACUACUUCAAUGGCCGGGGCAGGAUGGAGUCCACCCGCUGGCUCCUGGCGGCCGCUGGCGUGGAGUUUGAAGAGAAGUUCAUAGCAUCUCCGGAAGACUUGGAUAAGUUGAGAAACGAGGGAAGUUUGAUGUUCCAGCAGGUGCCGAUGGUGGAGAUGGACGGCAUGAAGCUGGUGCAGACACGAGCCAUCCUCAACUACAUCGCCACCAAGUACAACCUCUACGGGAAAGACGCCAAGGAGCGAGCCCUGAUUGAUAUGUACACAGAAGGUGUGGCAGACUUGGGGGAAAUGAUCAUGACUCUAAUACUCACUCCUCCAGACCAAAGAGAAGCCAAGAUUGCACUGAUCAAAGACAGAGCAAAGAACCGCUACCUGGUGGCCUUUGAGAAGGUGUUGAAGAGCCAUGGGCAGGACUACCUCGUGGGCAACAGGCUGAGCAGGGCCGACAUCCACGUGGUGGAACUUCUCUACUACGUGGAGGAGCUGGACCCCAGCCUUCUGACCGGCUUCCCCCUGCUGCAGGCCUUGAAGACCAGGAUCAGCAACCUCCCCAACGUGAAGAAGUUCCUGCAGCCUGGCAGCCAGAGGAAGCCUCCUCUUGAUGAGAAAGUUCUAGAAGAAGCAAGGAAGAUUUUCAGGUUUUAACACAGCUGGCGUUGACCAAGCUGCUACAGAUGAAACUUGUGAAGUUUGCGGUGCCGGCGUGUCCCAUGUUUAUGUCCACUCAGUCUCCUGUGAGAUUAAAAGAGUCUGACAAAU